CCCCCCCCUCCAGCUGAUCAGCUGACCUGUCAAAAUAUUACGCAGCGUGCAUAUGUGUGUGCGUGGGAUAUGUUUGUCUUGACUCCACGUUAAAAAAAUAAAAAAGAAAUGGCAGCAAAGAUGGAGCUCGCACCUCUCCGGCCGUGGGAUGAUUUCUUCCCGGGAGCGGACAGGUUCACCAAACCGGAGUUUGGAGAUUUAACCAAGUGGAACAACAGAGUGAUCAGUAAUCUCAUGUACUACCAGACCAAUUACUUCGCCGCUGCUCUGCUGGUUUUCCUCAUCGUGGGCUUCCUGAACCCGUUCGGCAUGUUUCUGGGAGGAGCCGUGGUGGCUCUGGUCUUCAUGGGUUCGGUGUGGGCAGGAGAGAACCAGGCCAUCGUGAAGAGCUUCAAGAAGAAGAACCCCACGCUGUUUGUCGUCGGGGUCAUGCUCACCAGCUACUUUCUGCUGUCUCUGUGUGGCGGCGUCCUGGUCUUCAUCUUUGGGAUCACCUUUCCUUUGCUGUUAAUUCUGAUCCACGCCUCUCUGAGACUGCGCAACAUGAAGAACAGACUGGAGAACAAGAUUGAGGGUGUCGGCCUGAAGAAGACCCCCAUGGGUGUCAUCAUGGACCUCCUGGAUCAGCAGGAGGAGAGAAUGAACAAGAUUCAGGAUUUCAUUGAAAGCAAACUGAAGGAAUAAUGUGUGCCAAGGGAAGUCAGUGUCAUACAGUAUGGAUUAAAAAUAUCCAUAGCAUCGUCCCACAUGUCCAGUUUUUAUCCCCUCUAUAUAUGUAAAGUUACCAAUGUUCUCAUUCCCAUAUUUUUUAUCCAUUUAGUUUUUUUUAUUCUCUUAUAAUUCUGUGUCAAUUUACACUAUCUAAAGUGUAAGGAUGGAUGGAAACAUUAUAGGAUUUGCACAGUCACAGUGUAGAUUGGACGCAGAAAGGCAAUGGGCACUAAAUGUUACCAAAGGUUUGAGAGUUUUCUGUGUCAAAAAAAAAAAUUCCAAAAUCAAAUCAAAUCAAAAACAAAAAAAUGCACUUUGACAAAAUGCAGCAGAAUGUCUGAACAUGAUAUCUAGUGCAGUUAUUAGAUAUUAACUGUAUUUGUUCUCAAAAGAAAACAAAGAAAGACGUUUCUCUCAGUUUGCUACCUCAAAACAGGCAUGUGUAAUUACUUUCUUCUCACCGAGUAGACCCUCUGAACUGUUACCUGCUUAUUAAACAGCAAUAACUCCCAUCUUGUCACUUCAGGCGCUGUAUGAAAACUGAUCUGAGACCAUGUGUGUCUAAUAAUACUCGAGUUUAACUAUUCUCAAAAGAUUCGUGCAUACAGUUCCUGACCAUACAGGCUUGCCUGAGUGUAUCCCUUCUGAUCACAGCUAUGCAAUAUUGAAAAAUGGAAUGGCAAGUGCAGCUUUAUUGUUUGAAUAUUACGUCACGGUAUGUACGUGUUUGUUGUUAUUUCUGACGUGUCUUUACUUUUCAUUAUGUAAGCAUGAAGAAAUGUGUAAAAUGGCAGCAGGGUAGAAAGUACUUACUUUUGACAAUGAGACAAAAUUAUUAAUUAAAUUAAUUAACACCCCGUUGUGCUAGUUUCUCAUCCUCUGUUGAGAUUAAAUCCCCUUUCCUUAUUAAAAAAAAAUCAACUUAUCAGAUCAUCUGUAAUGUUAAGUGUUCGUUUUGUACCGCUACUCAUGAUAAAAGCAGAUGUUUCCUGUUGUUUUUCACACACACACAGUUUGUGCAUGCUGACUUCACAAGCGGCAGUUCAGACAUUAUUUCCGUUACAUAGAUGCUGUAUCAUAUAUUAUCUGUGUUUUGUGUGACUUUCUCCAUUUUUGAGCGACCACAGAACUUGAAGUAUGAACAAGAACGUGACUGUCCUCCAUAAAAAAAAAUAAAGACAACCCGAUUUA